AUGUAUGCUUAUUUAUAUAUGAUUGCUGUCUUGAAUGUGGUGUUACUAGUUAUUGGUUUCUUUGGCAACAUUCUUGUUCUCCGUGUCUACCUUGCCAAAACGCUACGGACAAGUACAAUGUAUUUCAUCAUUGGCCUGGCAGCUGUCGAUUUGUCCGCCUGUGUUGUCGUCAUGCCUUUUAACGUCUACGUUAGUCUUCGUAAAUACUACUUCGACAGCGACGUCGCGUGUAAGCUGCUAAUGUGGGCCAGUUUUGUGUUAGUCAACGAAUCAGUAGCGAUAACUGCAUUGAUCGCCGUAGAUCGCUACCUGAGUGUGUGCAGGCCCUUCACAAGGUACAUCUCACCAUACCGCGCUAAGAUUAUGACAAUCGCGACGUUCCUCGCUUCGAUUUUACUAAACCUGCCGGUUUAUUUCAUUUUCGGGACAUCGGAGUAUGAGUUGGGAAAACGAUGCGGUCUGCUUGCGGACACCACUGGUUCAUGGAAAUACAUGUUUUUGGCGUACUUCUUUAUUAUGUUUAUGAUUCUUUUACUAGUGACUGUAAUAUUAUAUACGAAAGUGUACAAAGAAGUAGAGAGGAGAACCCGGGUGUCCCAUUCUAGUAACGAUACACUGAACACCAUCAGCGGGCAGUCAGUCUAUACCAACACAGAAGACAAUACCCGCCGCUGCAGUUUAAACGCCGCGACAGCAGUGACCGAGUGUUCUACAACUGAAAGCGGCAAACCAGAAAGGGUAACAAACGAUAGACCUACGGAUGUAGGAACACAUAGACCUGAUCUCAAUAGACGCAUAAUGAAUUCCACAGCCAAGAUGUUGUUACUAGCAACCAUCGUGUUUAUAGUCACAUGGGUGCCUCAUUGGAUCAUUCGUUUCCUGCCGUCUAGUUUGAUAAACGAAGGAGAUAGUUUUGGUUUUAUUUGCAUGAAGUUCAUAGAAUACAUGUUCGUUGUCAACAAUGCAGUAAACCCCGUCAUUUAUUGCUUUGUUAACAAGCGCUUUCGGGAAGAUUGCAAAAGAGCCUUACGGCGCGGCUGUAACUGA